GUGUUCGGACACGGGAUUUGUUGUUGACCUUCUUGUCAGCCGAAAUGUUGUGUUAUUGUUAAUGCCGAAACUUGUGUUACGAAGUGGUGGCUGCUUUCGUUUUUGCUCUGACAGCUGGCCGUCCAGAAGAGACCUAACUGCGGCUCAGCUGGGAGAUGACAGUCCUCGCUCAGUGUAUGCUGUGCACACCGGCAGUUCAAGGGUUGUUCCCAAUUUGGAUAUCAAAACAUCAGGGACUGGCUGUGUGAAGAUUCAGAAAAUAGAGUGUGAUAACUGCAAAAUAGAAACGGAGAAGGGGACUAGUGUCUUGCAAUCAAUAAAGAGCCAUAAAAUUGAUAUACGGACAAACGGUGGCAAAGUAAUUGGCCUUGGAACACUUUAUGGAAAUACAGAUAUUCGUGCAACAGAGAAGGGUAGUGUGAAUAUAGAGAAGCUGCAGGGGACAUCCAUCAACAUAUCUACUGAAGAUGGGCUGCUGAAAACUAAGUAUCUCUACGCAGAAUCAUCAUCUCUGUCUUCAGUAGCUGGUGAUAUUCUGCUGGGAAGUAUUCAUGGUAACACCAGCCUUGAGACCAAAACAGGGAGUAUCACCAUAGAUUCCUCAGAUGGAAGUCUAAAAGCUUCUACACAUCAUGGGGCAAUAGAUGUUUAUGUCAGUCAAUUGAGAAAAGUGGAUCUGAAAUCCCAGAAAGGUUCAAUUACAGUCAAGGUACCUGCCUCUCUCAAAGCCUAUUUAGAAUUGUCUGGAAGAAAAGUGGAUGUGAGCUCGGAGAUCCAGUUGAAAGAAACACAGAGUGCCUCCAAGGACGAUCACGUAACUAUAAGUG